UCUGGGGGAUGUACGCAAGAAGUAAAAUGCAGAAAAGAGGGAACAGAUGAGACAGUAGCAGUAAAAGUCCUUCAAGAGAUGCCAGCUGUGAAUCUAGCAGAUACAACCCUUCCAGGGGACGCUGUCAUCACAAUUGAGCAUUUUCAUACUGGCAGUUUUAGCUCUAGUGUGUCAGAGACAGAUGAAAUAUCAGCAGGAAGCCCAACUACUGACGAUGAUAGUGUCACAGAGGUGGAAAUUCUCAAGUCAGACUCAGACCUGUCUGAAUCAUGCAGUAACACAGAAUCCCCACCUUUAACACUGGAGAAAGGUGAUAAAUUAAUUAACUCGUCAGAUGUUUACCAAAUUGAGGAAGUCUUUAGAUCUGGGGGAUGUACGCAAGUAGUCAAAUGCAGAAAAGAGGGAACAGAUGAGAUAGUAGCAGUAAAAGUAUUUACAAAACAAAAGAACUGGCAAGCAAUGAAGGAGGUGAAUGCAUACGAUGAUCUCAGUGAUCAGAACUCUGACAAAAACAAAGAGAUCAGAUUAAUGGACACUUUUAUUUACAAGGACUGCUUAUGCCUUGUUUAUGAAUUUUCACCUCAAAGUUUUUGUGAACCAUUAGAAGCACAAACAUCUACAUGUCUAAGUGUGGCUGUCAAGGUCUUCACCUGCGUCUCCCUUAUGGGUCUCCUCGUGUACUCCACGUUCCUCUAUGGAUACUGUAACUAACCCUAAAAUGACAUCAUCUUUUGCUUGUAUUUUAAUUUGGCACAAAUUGCCUUUAUUUAUAAUCCUUUUAAAUCAACUUCCUGUUUGAAUGAAAUGCUUUUAUUUCGAAGGGUCUAUUUCCUGUUCUAACAGUUAAUGCAAGCUAUCUUAACGGCCAAAGCAGCUUUGACAGAGAUCUAAUAGUAGGAUCGGAGCCAGAAGAUCAGAGAUGCAGUCAGGGUCCGAAAUUAACACUCGCCACUCGCCAAAUGUGAGUAAAUUGCUCCAUUUGGCGAGUAAAUUUUUGAGCUCUACCUGCCACCUGGCGAGUAAAUGUUUGCACCAAAUUAGUUAUGUUUAUCAGUCAUCUUCCACGGAUUUCUGAUACUCCUCCCGCCUGCAUGCAACUUACACAAACGUACGCGAAACGUGAACGCCGCAUCCAACGUCAUUUCCACCUAUCCCAUUCAAUCAGUUUAUCAAGUUAGCGGUUAGCUUCGUGUUAAAACUAGCGGUGAAAUGUGGCGGUUUUUAACUGGAGUCAGCCAGCCUUCCAAAUGAAAACUCGUCGAACUGGAAAAAAAACCACCAGGACCAGUGGCAACCAGAAGAUUUUGUGAAAAGUGGCGAACUGGAGACGGCGGAGUCGUGAGACAAUGGCUACAUUAUGAUGGCCACGUAGCGUUGCUGCGUUUCACAGACAACUGGCCCUCGGCAUUCUUCAAAUAUCCAAAAAAUGCCCAUACUUCCGACUUUGUCUUCUUUGAAGGAUAAUAAAUGUCCCAAGUGCUGCCGUCUCCUCCUGCCAUUAUUUCAGCUUUAGCUUAAAGAAAGUUUUGGUCGUAAACAACAAAGUGCGCAUGUGCCGCCGGCAACUUCUAGCAGAUGAUACGGUGGCUGGUAAGGGUCACCGCGCUUACACCGCAGCCACGGUAAUCCACCGAGAUAAUAUAUAUAUAUAUUUUCAAACAAGACUGUUAUUAUUUAUUGUCAACUUUUUUACCGGGGUUUACUGCUACACCGGUUACCGUGACAACCCUAGCCCUGACACACUUUCAGAUAUUCUCAUGGUGAAGCUGUGUUCUCCAGAGAUCAAGGACUAUGACCCAAAUGAGGCUGUAAUGCUUUGGCACAAAGACGGUAUCAGAAGCAGGAGGCCAGACUUCAUGGACAGAGAAAACAAGGAGUCUGACUAGAUUUCAAUGAAAGAGUUCAUAAAAACAUCUCUAAAAAUAAAUAAAUAAAUAGUAAAAAUGACAAAAGAGUUGUUUUCCUUAUUAAUUGAUGUUUUAAUUAUUUUGUCACUCUGUUUGGAAUCAACAUAAUAUAGAAUUACAUGCUUUAGGUAGAUCUAAAUCAUUUAUAAUUUUGGCCGGUAAAAAAUAUGCUUGGCCGGUAGAUUUUCAUCAUCUACCGGCCAACUUGGCCGGUGAGUAAAAAAAUUAAUUUCGGACCCUGGAUGCAGCGGUGCAGACAGGGUAAUCCAAAGGCGAAGUCGGGGACGGAGCAGGAUCAGAGCCAGAAGAUCAGAGAUGCAGCGGUGCAGACAGGGUAAUCCAAAGGCGAAGUCGGGGGCGGAGCAGGAUCGGAGCCAGAAGAUCAGAGAUGCAGCGGUGCAGACAGGGUAAUCCAAAAAGGCGAAGUCGGGGACGGAGCAGGGUUCUGGAUCUUCAAUGGUGAAUAACCACUUAACUGUGGGCAUCCCUUUUAUUUGCCUCCAUUAUGUGGUAUUGUUUUGCCAUUUGGUUAAAUGGCAAAUGAACGUGUGCAAACCAAGAACAAAUUCAAACUAAUUUUUUAUCAACUUAGUAAAUAUUUAAUAAAGUAUCUUUCUUUACAUUGCAAGCUUCAGGUUCCUUAUAAACAAGACAAAAAAACAUUUUUAUACAUUACCCGUUCAUCAAACUUCUGUAACAGGAUGUCCAUGUCAUGGGCGUCGCACCUGUGGGGGAUGUGGGGGUUUCACCACCCACACAUUUCUUAUUGAGAUUGUUCAACACUAGGGUUGUCACGGUAAUCGGUGUAGCGGUAAACCCCGGUAAAAAAGUUGACAAUAAUAAUAACCGUCUUGUGUUUAAAAAUCUAUAUUAUCUCGGUGGAUUACCAUGGCUGUGGUGUAGGCGCGGUGACCCUUACCAGCCACCGUAUCAUCUGCUGAAGUUGCCGACGGCACAUGCGCACUUUGUUGUUUACAACCAAAACUUUCUUGAAGCUAAAGCUGAAAUAAUGGCCAAAGGAGGAGAUGGCAGCGCUCAGAACAUUUAUUAUCCCUCAAAGAAGACAAAGUGGGAAGUACGGGCGUUUUUUGGAUAUUUGAAGAAUGCCGAGGGACAGUUGAUAGAAGACGGCUAUCCUGUUUGCAGCACAUGCAGGAAAAAGUGUCUGUGAAAGGCAGCAACGCUUCAAAUCUCAUGACACAUCUGCGUGACCAUCACCCACAACUCUACAGUCAACGCAAGGCAAGUUAACGUUAGCGUUUUAGCUAAAAAUGCGUGAUCCAAGGAUUUGGGUUGAGGGAGAAUGCAACGAGUCGCUAUAUAAAGCAGCCGCAGCGCCGCUACCUGCAUAUAAACCGUGUCACGGACACCCCCAUAUUGAAAUGACGCUAUGCAUUACGGGGCUCCCAGGGGCAGAUAAGAGUUGGUCUCUCUCUGAGAAUAAUUAUGAAUUUAACAACGAUUACUGCCUGAUGACAUUUUCCCAAAUCUGCAAAGCUCACUGGAAGGACACAAACCGAGGACAAUAUUUUCCUGAUAUAGGGUUUAUUACUCAAGUAAGGGUAAAAAAGUAUCUGAUCAGAAGGCUACUUGAGUACUGAGUAUCUGCUCUAAUAUUUUUAAAAUGAUGACAUCAAACAGACAAACAAUAAGAAGCUAUGGGCAAAAAUUGGUAUUUUAAAGACUAAAGGGGAAAUAUGUAAACAAAUAAGCAACACAUUUACAAAAUAACAAAUUUUAGGCAACAUUUAGACACAAACUGAGGACAAUAUUUUCCUGAUAUACAGGAUUUAUUUAGGUGUCUGAAAAUGUAACACGUUUAAAAAAAAUACCGCGAUAAUACCGAAAACCGUGAUAAUUUUGGUCACAAUAACCGUGAGGUUAAAUUUUCACACUGUGGCAACCCCAGUCUCUACUGAUCUAACUGGACCUGGUUUUGUUGGAGAUUGCUCCCAGGUUUCCCUGUCAAUGAGGCAAUAUUUGCAGAAGUAUCUGCUUCUACUGAAGGUUUCAGUAAAACCUCCAACUAGGGCUGGGCGAUCAUAUGAUCGCACUUUGUGAUCACGAUCAUUUUCAGUUCAAUUACGGUGAUCAGCUGGGAGUCUCGAUCAGAAAUAACAGAUGUUUGCAGCCUCAGUAGGGGGCGCUAACCCUCCAUGCGCGUUGGUUGCCCACCGCCAUUUAACAAAAAGAAGAAGCAUUUACAAUUACACUUUUCCUGCUCCGCUACUUCGGUGAAGAGGUUUAAUAUGCAGAGUGGCCAAACGUGGAGCUGAAGACAGCGAAGUAGAUCCCAGUCAUGACUCGGAGUUGUCUUCUGGAGAUGAAGACAUUGUUCAGAAGAAAAGUUACUCAACGUCAGUUGUGUGGCGGUGGUUCGGGUAUCUCAAAAGUGACGUUGAGCAAAUCAAGCCUACAUGCAAGGUAUGUCGGCGAAUGGUGCCUUCAAAAACUGGCAACACUACGAAUCUAUUUAAUCAUCUAAAGAAAUACCACCCAAGUGAUUAUACAGAGAGCGUGAAAAUGCGAGCAGUGUCCGGACAACUUGUUAGCUUGUCUCAAAGUAGACUUAGCACUAGCGCGGCUGCUAGCAGUGGUCCAGCCGGCACUGGCGGUGCAGCUGCACAACCAAAACAGCAAUCAAUCAUCUCGUCAUUUUCAGCUGUUGCACCGUACGAGCAGAACUCAAAGAGAAGCAAAAGCAUCACAAAAGCUAUAACUUUUUGUAUAGCAAAAGACAUGAUGCCUCUGAACACAGUAGAGAAAGAAGGAUUUAAGCAUUUAAUCAAAGUGCUGGACCAGAGGUACGAAAUACCUGGCCGAAAGUAUUUUUCUCAAACUGCACUGCCACAGCUGUAUGAUGAAUGCAGAGAAAAUCUAGAGAUGGAGCUCAAAGAUGUUUCAUUCUUUGCAACUACCACUGACCUUUGGUCGAGUCGUUCAUCUGAGCCAUAUUUGAGUCUAACAAUACACUACAUUGACAAGGAGUGGACUCUUCAAAGCACAUGCCUGCAGACAGCAUAUUUUCCGGAGGACCACACAGCUGAAAUCAUCAGUCGGGGGCUGGAGGAUGCACUGGAAUCAUGGAACCUGAGCAAAGACCGCCAGGUGUGCAUCACAACAGAUAACGGAGCCAACGUAGUUAAAGCUGUUGCUCUCCAAGGAUGUACUCGGCUACAGUGUUUUGGUCACCGGCUGCGCUCCGCUAUAGGUGGAAGCAUGAAAGACAAGAGGAUUGAGAGAGCUGUUGGUGUGUCCAAAAAACUGGUCAGUGCUUUUUCUUACUCAUGGAAAAAGAAAAAAGCACUAGCAGCUGCCCAGGAUGAACUUAAACUGCCAAAGCACAAGUUGAUCACAGAAUCCCCCACCAGGUGGGGGUCGCUUCAUGCAAUGAUUGCAAGAAUUCUGGAGCAGGAGAAGGCCAUUGCAAAGGUUUUGUCAGAUGACAGAAAAAACAGGCACCUGAUUCCUUCAUGGCAGGACAUAGAUGUUCUAGAGUCUGUCCACAAGGCCCUGAGUCCCCUGGUUGACUUUACUGACGCCCUUUCUGGAGAAGCAUAUGUCAGUGUCUCUUGUGUGAAGCCUGUUCUUCAGCUCUUUAAUGAAGAGGUCUUAAAGCCAGAUGAUACUGACACAGAACUUACCAAGGCCAUCAAGAAUUCAGUCACCUGCUACUUAAAUGAAAAAUAUGAUGAUGAUGUCACUGAUGACCUCCUGAGCAUGGCAACCCUUGUUGAUCCUCGCUUCAAAACCAACUACAUCCAGGCUGACAAAAAAGAGGCUUUAAAGAUCAACACUGUGUCUCAGAUGUUGGACGAAUGGAAGACUUCACAGUCCAGACAAAUUACCUCAGCAGAAGCCACAUCUUCAGCUGCACCAAUGAAUGUAACAAAAAAGACACUUGGCAGCUUUUUCAAAAAGUCCUUUGCUGUUUCCACGUCUGGUCAAAUAGAUGAACAAGCUGUAGAGGCUGAACUAAACAGUUACCUGCAAGUGCCAAAUGCAGACAGUGAAACCAAUCCACUGGUAUGGUGGAAGAGCCACUCCACAACAUAUCCCAGAGUUAGCCUCUUGGCAAAGCGGUACCUCUGUAUUCCUGCUACUAGCUCACCCUCAGAGAGGGCUUUUAGCACAGGUGGCAAUAUUGUGUCAUGCCACAGGGCAGCUUUAAAGCCAGAUGCUGUGAACAGGUUAGUGUUCCUAGCAAAAAAUCUGUCACCAAGUCCUAAGUAAUGUGCACCUCGCUUCAAGACCAACUACAUCCAGGCUGACAAAAUAGAGACUGUAAAAAUCAAGAUGCUGGAUGAAUGGAAGACUUCCCAGUCCAGUCCAACUACCUCAGCAGAAGCCACAUCUUCAGCUACACCAAUAAAUGUAACAAAAAAAGACUCUUGGCACCUUUUUCAAAAAGCCUUUUGCUGUUUCCAUGUCUGGUCAAGCAGAUGAACAGGCUGUAGUCCUAAGUAAUGUGCACCAGUGUCAUGCUCUUGUGUUUACCAGUUUUGCACAUUUUAUUCAUUUGGUUUGUAACAUGGCAAAUCUGAAAAUCAGGUUUACAGUUUAAACUUUGUUCUUUAGGUGUGUGAUUUUCUUUGCCAAAAAUACAGUUUAAUUUGAGUUCAGUUCUAAUUUUAUAUAUUUUUUACUUGUUUUGCAUUGUUUAAUUUUGUAGCUGCAACAUAGUUACACUGCAUUGUUAUCUAAGAUAAAGUGUUUACAAAUUUUGCACAUUUUAUUCAGUUGGUUUAUAGCACAGCAAAACUGACAUUCAGGUUUACAGUUUAAACUUUGGUCUAUAGGUGUGUUAUUGUUUCCAUAAAAUAUUUGAUUGGAGAAUUCUGCACUGCUAAUUUUUAUAUUUGUUUUCUGUUGUUUGAUUUUGUACCUGCAAAGUAGCUAAACAGUAUUGUUAAGAUUAAGUGCCAGUAGCUAUGGCAUAAAUGGCAUUUACAUAUCACAGAUUAAAAAGUUUACAUUUUAGGGUACGUUAAUUUUCCCAAAGCAGAUCAUUUGUUUAUUUUGUGCCUGUAUAGCAUUAAAGACACACAGAAUGUCAAUAAAAGGUUUAACUAAUAUCUAGUUUCUUUAUUUUUACAUUUUAAGCUGCUUUAAACUGACUAUAUAAAAAUUAAUCGUGAUUAAAAUCGAGAUCGAACAAUAUGGAAAAAUAUAUCAUGAUCAAUCUUUUUGCCAUAUCGCCCAGGCCUACAUGAGAUCCUAGAUUAUCUCCUGUUAUGGCCAAAACAGUACCCCUCACAUUGUUCCCUCUAGGACCAUGAAUAUCAUUGUCUUCAAUUUCUUUCAGAUCAUUAACUGCAGUACAAAAUACCUUUUCUUGGCCAGAAAAUUUGAAGUCCUUCUCCCUGCACAACAAAACUAGUUGCAUUUGGUCAACGGAAGACCUGUUGUGUGCCGUGAUCUCUGCUAGCGUCAAAUACAUAGCCAAGAUCUUGUGCUUCUUUCUGCCAGAACCAAGGGGGUUAGCAACCUCAAAUGAAUCUUGAUAUAAGAUUAUACCUACUGAGGAUGGUGAUUCAUUUAAUAAUGUAUUGUUUUUUUAUGAUUUUACCAUCUCUCAGAUCUUCGAGGACUUUAGGAGUUGAUGUUUCAGAUUUUGCUUGGAGAUAUUGCUGAUGAAAUGAUCCUUGGCUAAGUAAUGCCUUGAGUGUCUCUUUAAUGGACACAUACUGGAAAAAUCUCUCUUUUCCAUUUCUGUCAAUACCCAGGUAAAUCGCUGUUGGCUCAACAUAAUUGAAUUCACGCUUGAAAAGUGUUUUCCGUAUUUGAUCACUUCUAAAAACUUUUCAUCAGGUCGUUUUUUACGGAUUAUCAAUGAGAUUUCUGAUUUCAUUUUCAGGCACAUUUAACUGAGUCAAAUCUUGAUGCAACUUAGACAAAAGAUGGGCUGUGCUUGAACUGUGCACCUGCUGGAACUCUUCAAUUAUUUUUUGAAUCACACUGGUAGGCAGCAGCAUUUUAGCCUGCAUCUAGACAUAGAACAAGGCCAAAUUGGUCAUGAACUCAUUCUCAUCUAAUUCAGUGUCACCGUCCAACACUUCUGCUUCAUGACCGUCAUCUAAACCUGGUUGAGCUGUUUUAGUCAUUUCAGUGUCCAACGAGCUAGCUGUGCUAGCAGCAGCAGCAAUAGAGGUGCAAAUUAUUGCUUUGUGUUUCAGACUGAUGUGUGAGGGGAACGAUGAAUGGACAGCAUAGGCGUCAUUUUAACCAGGGACGCCGGGGACAUGUCCCCGGCAAAAUUUGUAAUUGGCAGCUGUGUCCCCCCCACUUUCAAAAAAGCCUGCUGAUGAGGAUUUUUGUUUUACCAGCUCAGAUCUUAUACCAGGGGUCGACAACCUGUUCCCAUCAAAGAGCCAUUAUAACCCGUUUCCCACAGUAAAGAAAACACUGGGAGCCACAGCAGCGCAGCGUUGUGGGCGGGGCCUACCCUCAGACAGCAGAGAGCUGCUCACAACAGGUGACAGCAGCCGGUACCAUGGGCGUCGCACCCGUGGGGGAUGCAACACCCACACUUUUCCAGCUGUUUUGCUCACCUCCACACCAGUCUGGUUUCUUUAGGUCGCACUCACUCUGUUUGCCUCAUCUCCUUCUUCACUUCCGCUUCUGACAGCCGAUGUCGGGUUCAAGGAGAGCAGGAGAUGGAGGGACGGAAGAGGUUGACUGAAUUCAUAAUUUUACAUCUUGACAUUAGCUGUACAAAGUCUGAGUUUGAUCAAGUGAAGAACACCAAUCUGCAGAGGUUUUAACAGGCGCAGCGCCAGGUUUUCAUUUUUGGGUGGGCCACGGUAAUUUUGGAUGGACCUUAAUAAGCAGAGACAAGUGAAGCAGGCAGGUCGCGCUAGAAAAUUUUGUUUAAAAAGACGUCAUAGAUGUGUUCCCCGUCAUUUUUAUUUCUAAAAUAUGAAGUAAAAACUCCCAAUUUAAUUUUCAUUCAUUUGUCAUUAAUAUGUAGUCUACACCCGUGCGUUAAGUGGACCAUCUUCCAGUAAAAGCAAAGCAUCCGGCCCACCUCUCCAAAUGUGUAAAAUGUGCAUCACAGCCACUAGGCGCACCGCGCGCACCGUCAGCUGUCAGCCCAAACAAGAGCAGAGCAAAUAGAGAAAGAAUAGAGGAUAAUUGUCUGGAUGUGGAUGGAGAUUACAUUUUACAUCAGUCUGAUCAUCAUUUAAAUACGUAAACCAUCACCUGUCUUCUAGUCCAUGCUAUCAGCAUUAUUUUAAUUGGUGUGUGUGUGUGUGUGUGUGUUUUCCACUUCAAACACUGGUCUAACCAACCAGCGUGUCCAGUAACACAUUAAUGUUACAAUUAAACAGUUUCACUUCAUGUAGGCUAGGAACAUUUCACCUGCCGUAGCCCGACCGCUUCUGCUCCACAUGAACUUUGUGCGUGACCAAAUGUCUCUACAGGUGCUUUAUGAGCUGAAGAGGCGACUGGAUGCAUCAUGCGUCUCCAUAUUGGAGACAGGAACAAGCGCUAUUCAGCCAAACUUUCAUAAUUUCAUAAAAAUAACAUUUUCCAAGUGACACAUCCCUCAGAGAGACCGGGUUUCCAGACCGCUUCAGUGGGAGGAAAUCAACCAACAUCCUUGAGUUUAUCCGUCAAAAUAAACAGUCAAAUGGAAAUAUCUGUAACCUGUCAUUUAACUGUUUUGCCUUCUUGUGAAGAUUGUUGCAAAGAGAAAAAACUAAACUUGAUUAACCCCAGAGCCACGCGCACUGUGCUGUACUGACUGUAAAUGAGGGGGAAACGAUUUAAUCGGAUCCUUUUCUUUUCAACAUGGUUUAAUGUAAAGUUUCAUUCAGUACAAACUUUAGUUACACCGAUCUAACGAGACAGAUCCUGGAUUUGUAUUCUGAACAGUUUAAACAUGUUUAAAACGGAGACGUGCGUGACGCGUCUAAAAUUCGCACCUGCUCCGCUAUUAUGGAAAUUAAACUAACAGGAUGAAUAACAUGAAAUUAUUUUAGGCACAGACAACAUCCCCCACACUUUUGAAAAGUUUGCAACGCGCCUGGUCGCUCGUGUACGUCAAAGUUAUCUUUCAUAAAAAGAUAAUCAAUAAAACGAUUAAAUAAAGUGGAUCCAGAAGCUGUAGCCCGUCUUUGCCUUCAAUAUUCACACUGUUGGUGGUUUUACUGAGCAGGUGCCACUUUUGUCAUACGUUUCUUUUUAAAACAUGUUUAGACUGUUCUGAAUACAAAUCCAGGCCCUGUCACGUUUGAUUGUUGUAAUUAAACUUUGUAGUUGGGGAAGGUCAGAAAGCAGCUCAGAAGCGCAUGAUUACGCACAAUCGUGACGCGUCAACCCGGUCUCACAGACCGAGUUGGACCUGUUCAGGUUUACGCAGACAGUCUUUACAUUUAGAAUUGGCAUACAGAUGUAAAAUUAAUGCAGUAAAAUAUAAAGCAUUUUAUUUAAAUAUCCAUUCAUUAUUUUACAAGCACAGAGAGCGCAUUAGAUGGAUGGAGGAGCCGCAUGCGGCUCCAGAGCCGCGGGUUGCCACCCCCUGUGCUAGCCUACUUUAUUGUCCCCAGCAAUUUUUAAGCCCCACUCAAGUGUAUGGUUAUUGUCCCCAGCAAUUCUGAAAACAAACUGACGCCCUUGAUGGACAGAAAAAGUCUUUGGACAGUUAUUAAAGGGGCAAGGCACUUUUGUCCCAUUUGUCUUGUGUAGCUGUAGAUGCUCCCAUAAGGUUGCUACACGAUUUGACACAAAGGUACACCCCCCAAAUUUGCAUGUCAAAGCAUGUCCUUGUGUUUGCGCCCUUUAUUUAACUGUGGGUGUAUGGACUCUGUACCAUGGACGUCACUAGGAUUGAGAUAUAGAGGGGGCUUAGCCCCAGGAGCUUGACCUUGAACGUUUUUUGUCACACCCUGCAAAAACUUUGUCAAUUAAUUCAUUAUAUGAAGAACAUUUAACAAAACCUAUUAUUUUAUCACUUUCUUUUCCUUUCCUACCUUUGUGCAUUUUCUCUCUUCUUUUUAUAAAAAAUAACACUUAAUCAGUUCAUUAGUGGGGUCUAUGUUUUGUAUUGUUUCAUUCAACAGCAUAUGUUUAUCGUAUUCCUCAUUUUAAAAAAUAUAUAUAUUUGUAUGCACCAGGAAUAUGGGGGAGGGCAUAUGCAAUUUCAUGUUUUCGAUGGUUUGAGAUAAAUAAAUAAAUUAAAAAAAAUAUGUUGAAGAAAGAUUUUAUGCAAGUCCAUUAAAAAUUAGAUAUAUUUCCAAAUAAAGCUAUUCAUUUCAGUCUACUGCACUUAACAGGGGGAAAUGUUGUAGUCAUUUAUUUAAUUUGUUUAAUUACAACUUGUUUAAUUAUAAAUGUUACUGAAAUGUGACAAUAAAGAACAAAUGAAUAAUUGUCAAACUUUUAUUUUGCCAAAUGAGUGUGCAGUUGAUAGUUUUAAUAUAUGAAUAACACCGCUAUGAUAUGGAAUAAAGGAGUAUAUAAUUAACAAUUACAAGACAAAAUAACAGUAUAUAUAAAAAUAUCCAGCAAGUAGUAGAACUUAUAAUGCAGAAAGUCAACUAUACAGAUACAACUUGGCAUAAGGUUGCAGGUCAGAUGAUAAUUAUAGUUUUUUUUUCUCAAGUUCUCUUACCUGUUCACUCCUAAAUAGAAAACUGUUCAAUUUUGCUUGGGAACUUUGUGCUCAGGUAAAUGCUCAUAACGAUGCGCUCGCCCCUGUUUUCGCUGUAGAUCACUGACCUUGACCAUGCAGAUUUCCUCAGCAUCAACCACCCGGUCUCUCUCCUGUUCCUCACUCACUCUCUUAAAAAAAUCUUCGUAUAUCCAUCUAGCCAACACAUUGAAAAUCAUUUUCAAUUUCUAAUGCCAAAAGAAAUGCUACUAAGCCAUUUAGUUUUCACUCACAAUAACUGAAACAGCCAUUGGUGGAUAAAUGGGACAGAAUAUAGACAACUGUUAGCCUAAUAUAGCCUAUGUUUGGUUGCUCAUGAUGAUGGCAUUUUCCAUAACGUCACAUUAAGCUGCCAAAAUUUAUGUUAAAGUUAGAUGAGUACAAUAUCUCCUUUCUUUACCAUAGGUAAACAUAGGAAAUAUUAAGCAAUUGACAACCCACAUGGAAAGAAUUCAUAUAAACACAUAGGUUUUAAUAUAUGUUUUGAUAUAGCUUUUGAAUAUAUGUGACAUAUAUGAAACUGGCUGUUUACUAGGGAUGGGUACCUUUGACAUUUGAAUCGAUCCGGUACUAAUUCCCGGUACCUACGAGUCGAUACCGGUACUUAACGGUACCAAUUUUCGAUACUUUUGAGUGUUUAUUAUUUUAAUUCUCUUUUAUAAUUAUAUAUUUUUCUCAAUAUAUAACCAUAUUUGAUAAAUAUCACGAUAAAUAACAUACAAGUUUGUAUUUUAACAUCGUCCUUGUAGUUUUAUAAGCUGAUAAUUAAACUGAAGCAAACAUCUUUACUUUGAACUAAAUUUACUGUGUAUCUGUAUUCCUUUUGCCGUCCUUUUUCAUUUGAUUUUUCCUACUGGGAAGUUAGAAUUUCCGAGGAGAAAGCGAACGCACCAUUAGCUGAUAACAACGGUGGCAAUGGAAGCUAACAUAUCAAGCUAACGUUAUCUUUAACAGUUUAUUUAGCUGCUGGAGCAGAUUAAAACGAUGAUGCCUCAAACUUAGAUCGUUGUCACUGGUUUUACCUUCACCCAAUCACCCGUCGCAUUUAGUAAAGUAAAGCCAAACUUUAGAGCGCGUUCAUGUUCUUCUAGUCGGAAAUUCGGAGUUCCGAUGAGAAAGCGAACGCACCAUUAGCGAAACGGAAGCUAACAAAUCAAGGUAACGUUAUCUUGAACAUUUUAUUUACCUACCGGAGCAGAUUAAGAUGAGGAUGUCUCACUUAGAUCGUUGUCUGUCGCUAGUUUCAUCACCCAGUUACCCAUCACAUUUAGUGAAGUGGACCCAAGCUUUAGCGUGCGUUCUUUCUACCAUGCUACUCUGUUUACAACGGGCUCGCAGGGACCGGCGACAUAACGCUCUUGCGCAUGCGCAACUGUCUUGGCAGUACCGAAACGAGGCACCGUUUGAAAUGACGUGAAUCGGUGUUCGGUCGGUACUAUGGAAUUCGGUCGGUACCUUAAAAAGUACCGAAUUCGGUACUCAUCCCUACUGUUUACUAUAUUAUAGAUACAUAUAUGUACCUAUAAUAUUUAUAUUAUAGAAAAAAUAUAUAAUAUAGAAAAACGGUCAAUAAUAUACUCAUUCGGCCAUAUUCUGAUUCAGGUUUUUAGUGUGGAGUGAUUUUUGUGCCACCAACUGGAGCGUGCAGUGAUCAAUCUGCAAGAGCACAACCUGCUCUGCAGUCGUAUGCAGCCCUCUCUCUGCAUGCUCAACUCCGUCUUGUUGGUCUUUCUUCUGUUAGACCAAGCACGGGUACGGAGAAGAUGGAGUUAAACACCUUUUGAGUUGGCAGAAUGUGGAGACAAAUGAUCAGAAGUCCAGUCACUGUUUUCACCGCUCAUGAGGGGGAGAGCCUUUGCAACAUACAGCAGGUCCCGCGACCUGCUCCCGUCAGUUGCUUCGGACAGACUCUCCCCGUUCUGCUGAAACGGCUGAUUUUUAUUGAAGAGUACAGGAAUGUAACAUACGCAGUUUGCCAUGUACAUACGUCAAUGAUCAUGACAGGUAAAGAAUAACAGCCUUGUUAGUGGACAGUUAAUUCAUCACUAGAACAUGCAUCCUUGAGAUUACCAGGAACAUCCUGAUACAUUCAUGACAGGAGAAGAUACAUUCACUGGUACCGAGAGGCACUGAGUGGAGAUGGAAUGUGCACACUCCCUUCUCUGGUGCAGGAGAAGAUAUACAGCUAUUAACCUUUGUGUAGAGGCCUUGAGUAUCUGAGCGAGUUUCCAUAGCAUAGAAUAAUAAAAUGAGCUUAUAAGGUAAAUAUAUAUAUAUUGCCUUGUUAGGCAGGAACUAACAUGUCACAAGAACUUGUAAUUCUAAGAUGAGCAGAAGCAUCCUUGGUAACCGGUACAAGAAGAGACUGCAAUGUCUCACUCCCUUUUGGAGUUCCUGCAGCUGUUUUAGAGCUUGUGCAGGAGAGAAACACAGAGAGGCCUUUGAUAUUAUAACAUGAUCCCAUAAUGAAAAGAGUAGCAUGUAAGAAUGAAUAAUAAAAGAGCUUAUAUGAGAGUUACAUAUAUUUUCAGUCUCUGCCUGCACAAAUCUCCCUGUUUUUGCUCAAUUUGCAAUUUACAAAGCAAUGUAGCCUCUCCGUCAGCCAAUCAGACAGCUCUCCAUUAUGCAAUCAAAGCAUGUCCAGGAAAUACUGCCAGGAAAAUUGCACUUUUUUCAGAUAAAGAGGACUUUAUAUAAUUAUAUUUGAUUAGGUUGAUUAACCCUCCUCUUUUCCUGGGACAUUUCCACUGUUCACUUCCUUUUACACAUCAAGGGAUCAUUUAUGUCUAACCAAACAGAGAAGAAACACUUUAUAUGUUGAAAUUAAAAGUUCUCUUUAACUGAAAAGAGUGCAAUUUAACAGUUUUAGGAAUGGGCAAUGUGUCUUUUCUGUAAGUCAAAUAUGGUCACCCUAAUCAUGACACAUGAAUUACAACAAAGUAUUUUGCAGGCAGUGGAUGGUGACUGGUAGCUAACCAGCAGCAGAAAGCAGUUCAAUAAGCUGUUAAAUGGGUGUUUUUCUGUAAAGCAGUGUUUCCUGGACAUGCUUUGAUUGGAUAAAACAGAGCUGUCUGUGAUUGACUAUUGGAGAGGCUACUUGUUGAGGAGAGCAGGGAGAGACAGAGUUGAACCCACAGAGGGCUGCAGCUCCUGCACACAAGCGCAGAGCAGGUUCUGUUUGUGCAGACUCAUUACUGUACGCUCAAGUUGGUGGCACUAAGUCACUCAAUGAACUGGCUGGCUCGUUAAUGUCACUUCAGGGGAGUUUUCCGACCAUUUUACUUGACAUCAAAGCUUUUCGUUAUGGUUUGCGGCAUGUAAACAUGCUAGCGGAGUUAGCAUUAGCAUGUCGGUGCGGUAGCAUUUUCCUCUCUCUGAAGUCUGAACUAUAACCUUGAAAUGUUAACGGUGUGCUGCUGUUGCUGUCUUACCCUAAUGUGAUGUUGAGUGACUUACAUGAGUGCUGAGCAGGGUUUGCUCAUCAACAUAUAGGUUUUGCUGUAUCGCCCCUGCCCCUGAAUUGUCAACAAAGCUGUCGGGGCUUAAGGAAGGGGAGGAAGUCCUUUCUUGAUACUUCCUGUGUGCGACGGUGUAGUUCUAUAUUCAUUAAUUAUUAUUUCUGUUUCAGACUAAAAAAAACUCCUGUUCCAACUACACGUGUCGUGAUUGUGUUGAGCAUGUAGAUGUGAACAAAUAAAAAAAAGUCAACUGAAAAAAUUUAAAUAAAAAAAAAACCAAAAUGAUAGGGGGGCUGAAGCCCCCCUAAAACGGACCUAACCACGUCAGCGCUCUGUACAUAUGCUUUUGAAGAGCAAUUACUGUUGAAAAAGCAGAAGGACACUCUGCAUAGCCACAGUGAAAUCUAAUGUUAGUGACAUUUCUGUGCAUUUUAACAUGUCGAAUAAAUGGGAGUUGACGCAGCUUUGAAUUUACAAACAGUACACGUGUAAGACAUUUUGAACCAGAACGGCAGUUAACUCAAACUUUUUCUUUCUCAAAUAUUGGUGACUAGUCUUAUGAGCAAACAAUGUUUGACUUAAAGUCAGUAAAGAGAAAGGGCACUUACAUGCAAUGAUGAUCCACGCAUCUAUGUCGUGAAAACAGUCUUCGUCGUCCUGCAGCGGACUGGAGAACGUUGCGAAUCCCUUUUUUCCUGCAGCUGAAGUUUUUUCCCCCUGUUCUUUUUCUUUCUUGCAGCUGUUCGGUUAGAACCGGUUAGAACACCGCCAAAGAUUGCCGCGCAAUUCUCGGCUGGACCAAUUUGCGGCCCGGCAGCGUUCUUACGGUGCUGGCUACAGCUUGUGAACCGCUCAUUGAUUGUGUGAGCCAAGUGGUUUACCGGGCAUGAGCGCAUGAAUACUGGGACUCGAGAUGAAUCACCAGUAAAAUACACCAUUUAUAAAUAACACAAUAACUGCAUGUUAGUCAUCACCUACAUCGCAAAAUGCAGUUAAUAUUAUUAUCUAUCCGAUCUGACCGUUUUCCUGAAUAGUUAAUGAGUUGUACUGUGGGAGGCAGAAGAAAAAGUAGUUCCUAGCAACUGGGUAUAAUUCAAAGACUGUAGAAAAAAAUGACAAUUGGUAUGGUAUAAUUCAGAAAACUAAUUCUGAGACUUGGUGGAAGAAGUAAAAUGCAAUCAACUGAAAUAUAAUUAAAAUGUUAAUAAGUUAGUAUUAAUAAUUUGUAUUUCUGCACAUAUCUGUGCAGAAUUAAACAUUCUGUUCCUCAGAAAUGUAUCCAGCCAUAGUAAAUUUCAUUUAGACAUAUUUGUAGAUUAUAAAAAUGGCAUUUAAAAAGAAAGAAAAUCCACCUGGUUGGUCCCAGAGGGCUAUUUCUGUAGAUAGGGACCAUGAGUAACCUGCUAACCAGGUUAUGUCAAAUGUUUGUACAGUCAAACUUUAUUUUUUUAUUACAUUGGCUAUUUGCUAAAUGUAAGAUUCAGCUUCAUUCCAGCAUUAUUUAUAUUUACAAUAACUAUUUCUUUAGCAGAAAAAAAUAAUUUUAUAUCAACGCAGUAGUUUAUUAGUUGACUUUUUGUCAUGAAAUAUUUAGCUUUUAUUGUUACCUUUUAUCUUGCUUUUGAUAUUGAUGAUGCUGGUAGAAAUGUACCUACAGUUGUGUUAUAUGAGUGUUAUGUUACCAUACUUAAUAUUUAUUUUACUUCAUGCCAUUCUCUGAACUGUGGUCAGUCAGAAAUUUUGAAACAAGAAAACAUAAAAACUAGUAAAAAAAAUUUUAAAAAAGAAGCAUAGUGUGUGUGUGUGUGUGUGUGUGUGUGUGUGUGUGUGUGUUAGGGCUGGGGGUAAACGAUUAUUUUUAAAACGAUUAUUCUGACGAUUAUUUUAUCGAAUAGUCGACUAUUCUAAUGACUAUUUAGACCAGUGGUUCCCAAACUUAUUUAGCCGCGCACCCCCUUCUAUGUCCCGACCAUG